AUGGCUAGGUUGAGCAGGUGUGUGAGAGAUUGUUCCAGUGCCAGCUCUGAUGUUAUGACGCUCCAGAGUGCAAAUCCAUGGCCAGUCGUGACAGAAGGGGACGCCGAGGGACAUGCGGGACACCCAGGGGAACCGAGGGACACGCAGGGACACCGAGGGACACGCAGGGACACCGAGGGACACGCAGGGACACCGAGGGACACCGAGGAACACGCAGGGAAACCGAGGGACACACAGGGACACCGAGGGACACGCAGGGAAACCGAGGGACACACAGGGACACCGAGGGACACGCAGGGACACCGAGGGACACGCAGGGACACGCAGGGACACCGAGGGACACGCAGGGACACCGAGGGACACGCAGGGACACCGAGGGACACGCAGGGACACCGAGGGACACGCAGGGACACCGAGGGACACGCAGGGACACCGAGGGACAUGCAGGGACACCGAGGGACACGCAGGGACACCGAGGGACACGCAGGGACACCGAGGGACACGCAGGGACACCGAGGGACACGCAGGGACACCGAGGGACACGCAGGGACACCGAGGGACACGCAAGGACACACAGGGACGCAUUAG